GUAAAAGUAAAAGUCAUGAGUAAUUCAGAAUUGUGUCACAGAACCCCUGAGCAUAUAUUCUUUAUCAAAAUCCGAUUUAAAUUAACUCUGCCAAAAUACCAAAAUGAUGAGAACUUAAAAACUGAAUUACUCGAUAUAAUAAAACGCGGAAACAUGACACGUUACUACGAAGAUGUAUGUAAGGCAUUCGACUGGAAAAUUGACGAGAAUCUUCUCGAUGCAAUGAAGCAUGAAAACGAGCUUACGUGGAAGGAAUUAGAGUCCUUUGAUAAUUUGACUCUUGAGGACACUGAAAAAAGAAAUUGGCGAGAGAAGUUCGAGUUCUUUUGUGAAACUGGUAAUCUCGAUCGUGCCACAGACAUUGCGAACUCUGUCAUAAACGACGAAACUAAUUCAUCCAGCAUCAAAGUCGAAGCUGCAUUCGGUUUGUUUAGAAUAGCGCACAUAAAAAAUAAUAUUCGCUCGAUGGGGCAAAUAAUUACCAAGAUAACAAAUCUGAUGGAAGGUUCUCAUGCAUCAGGCAGCAAUUGGUGUUGUCGUAAUAAAUUGAAAGUGUACGAAGCUGUUUACUAUCUGGCAACGCGAAACUUUCAUCGCGCUGCGUGCCUUUUGCUGGACUGUAUCCCAACCUUUGAAUCCUAUGAACUAUUGCCAUUCAAAGAGGUCGUAGAAUACACAACAUUAUCAGGAAUAAUUUCCUUAUCCCGAUCGGAACUUGAUUCUCGAUUCAACAACAAUGGCCUCCUGCAACAAGCUUUGCUCACUGAGGCUCCCAAAUACAGAGCAUUUUUUUAUUCUCUCUAUGAUUGUCACUAUAAAGAAUUCUUCGAAAAUCUCGCCUGGAUAGAAUGCGAGCUUAGAGCAAAUCCUUUGCUUCAUUUCCAUUAUCGCUAUUACGUAAGAGAGAUGCGUUUGAGGGCAUACUGUCAGCUAUUGCAAGCAUACAGGACCAUCAAUUUAAGUAGAAUGGCGACAGAAUUUGGCGUGACAGAAGAAUACAUAGAACAAGAAGUGGCACAUUUUAUUGCCAAUGGUAAAUUGCAUUGUAAGAUCGAUAAAGUGGCUGGAAUGAUCGUUACCAUCAGCGCUGCUGGUUGCAACAGAGGGCAAGCACCUGAUGUUUCAUGCGAUCGAGGAUUAAUUUAUCAAAAUAUCAUAAAAAGAGGCGAUUGUAAUGAAAUAAUGGCGAAACGACUUCUCACGAAAUAUCCUCGAUCUAUUUAUAGAGGAACCAAAGAAAUUAAGCAAUCUUUCAAUUAUUUGCUUGUACUGGACUUUGAAUGCACUUGCAAGAAACACGAGAAAAUUGAUCCGCAAGAAAUUAUCGAGAUUCCCUGUGCAGCAGUGUCUACGACAAGUUGGGAAGUUGAAAACGUCUUUCACGAGUAUGUUAAGCCAAAAUACCAUCCUCAGCUUACUCCAUUUUGUACAGAACUUACUGGAAUCAUGCAGGACCUGGUAGACAAUCAACCUUACUUUUCAGAAGUGUUUGAAACAUUUUGUAAUUGGUUAGAAGAACACAAAUAUUUUAAAGACGGGAACGAUUCUGCAUUUGUUACAUGUGGUGAUUGGGACUUAAAGUUUAUGUUACCAAGCCAGUGCGAGUUAGAAAAUAUAUCAUUACCUAAGCAAUUUAUGAAGUGGAUAAAUUUAAAAGGUAGCUUUUGUGACGCAACAGAUUAUUAUCCACGAAAUUUAAAAGAUAUGCUUUCACAUCUUAACCUUCCUUUGAUUGGAAAAUUACAUUCUGGAAUAUCUGAUGUAGAGAAUAUGGUCCAAAUAAUACAAGCUCUCCAGUCACAGCAUAAUGUACAAUUUAAGAUAAAUAAUGUACACCAUGAUGUAUUAAAGGAAUAUACUAUGAACAAAUAAAGAUUUUAUUGAUUAAUUUA